UUCAGCUAAUUCCAUUUAGAAAACCAAGAGAAUGCUAUUAAUCAAUUGAUUACUUAACGCGGAUCUUCAAAAGUUAAGAACUUUCCCUUUCCUGGGUUUUCGCUUUUUCUUUUUCGGGAUUUGAUCGACAGCUCCAUCUUCUUCUUUUAAAGUUUUCUUCUUUGUCAAUGGCAUCUUCUUCAGACUCAUGGAUAAAAGAAUAUAAUGAAGCAGUAAAAAUGGUUGAUGAUAUCAAUGCCAUGAUAUCUGAAAGGAGUUCCUUGCCUGCUUCGGGUCCAGAAACUCAGCGUCAUGCAUCGGCUAUACGAAGAAAGAUUACUAUUUUAGGGACUAGACUUGAUGGAUUGCAGUCCCUUUUGUCUAGACCGACCGGGAAGCCCUUAACAGAGAAGGAGAUGAAUCGUCGCAAGGACAUGGUUGCAAACCUGAGGUCAAAAGUGAACCAGAUGGCUUCUGCAUUCAACAUGUCAAACUUUGCUAACAGAGAUAGCUUGUUGGGGCCCGAAAGUAAGCCGGAUGCCAUGAGUAGAACGGUUGGUUUGGAUAAUUCCGGCCUUGUUGGUCUUCAACGACAAAUAAUGAAAGAGCAAGAUGAGGAUCUUGAGAAGUUGGAGGAGACAAUAGUAAGUACGAAGCAUAUUGCAUUGGCGGUCAAUGAAGAACUUGAUCUGCAAACCCGACUAAUUGAUGACCUGGACCAACACGUGGAUGUUUCUGAUUCUCGUCUGCGGAGAGUGCAGAAAAACUUGGCGGUAUUGAACAGGCGAACCAGAGACAGUUGUUCCUGUAUGUGCAUGCUUUUAGCUGUGAUCGGGAUCGUGAUUCUGGCUGUCAUCAUAUACCUACUCAUCAAAUACUUGUAAUACCAACAAACACCGAACCCAACAAACUUGCUCUUUUUGUUUUGUUUGUGGUUAGAAUUUGUUUUUUCAACUUUUAUUCUCUUGAUUAUAUGCUGGAAAUUUUGUUCGGUUUUCCCCCCUGUUCUUUGAAUAUUUUCUAUAUUACUUGGACUCGAAGUAAAUGUCGGAUAUAAUUGUGGGUAUGCUCAAUUUUUUUCAAAGGACACAAUGGCUGGACACAGGUAUUUUAGAACAAUGAGAGAGUCCAUGUAACAAGAUGUGAAGUAGUUGUCUUGUUGAGUGAGCUGUAUUUACAACUCUGUAAAUUUAUUUUGACUCUUAAAUUAAUGUCAACUUGAAUGACAUGAGCUUGUUUUGAUUUA